UACAUGCCAAUUUCCUUUUGUUUUGUUGUGGAAACUGAAGCAGUUUGUGGUUCUAAUUUCAUGGUGAAUGUACUAACCUUAAAUGAUUGUAGGCCUUAUAGGUUUAAAACAGUAACCCAAUCUGUCUUGCAACACUGGAAACCACUCUUAACAUUGACAGUGAGACAAUGUUGUCCUGCCUUGUCACGGCAUGUUGUCCUGCAACAUGCCUCGACAAGGUGAUAGGAUCAUCUGGUUGUACAAGUGCAAGUGUUUUCAGGAAUAGUUACUUGUGUGUGUGUGUUUGCUUAAAAUAGGCUAAAGGCAGAGACAACAUCUCCCCUUAAAGAGACAGCUUUCUCCAAAAAAAUGUAUACACUCCCACCCCAUCACCUAUAACUACAUCCAUCCUUAACCAAACAAGUCAAAUGUAACCUCCAAAAAUUGUUAAUAGUGUGUUAGAAUUUACUCAUAUGCAUAAUGACGGAUGAUGAUCCAUUAGAGAAGAAACCAUUCUUACAUCCACACUCAACUGCUCUCUCCUGACACCCAUGGUGACCUACAGACUUGUUCAAAAUGUCAUUUUAUUGCAUGGAUAUCAUUCGAUACACAGUUACUGUCAAAACAACGCAGUGUUGAAUGUGAAUCUUUGAAGUUAUUGGUCACUACCUCACCUUCGUCUCCCAUCGGAGUCCCAUUUGAAAAAAAGAAUGUGUUGCAGUGUAAAUAAGAGACACCGUGCAAUUUCUCACAAUGUUCUCUCCAACUCAGUCACUUUAAGUCAUUUUCAUUGGAUACAUUACACCCUGGGAUGUGUGUGUGUGUGUUAGAGAGAGAGAGAGAGAGAGAGAGAGAGAGCGAACAGUUUGUCCUGACGCCCAACUUGUGAUGUCACUGCUUUGACGCAUGACAUCGUCCUUGUACAGUAACGAUGCCUAAAAAUAAUCACAUGGAUAAAAAAAACCCCAACAACAACAGAUAAACAUUAAUCAGAUGAAGUGUACCAUUUCCUAAUCUGAUAACUCUAUGCUUGGAUACUCUUUCCAAUGCGAUGAAUUUAAUCAGUUUAAAUCCUAUAAUUACAUUUGUCCUGUUCUAUUAUUUGGUGGAUUCCACUCAAAGGAGUUUUUCCCAUGAAGAUGCAAUGAAAUAACCACAUUUGGUCAAACUGGCAUGUGCUUGGUACACAGUAGAAUAUUAGAAGGAUAUGAAAAGAGCUUCAUCUGAGAGGAAGAGGAGGGGCUGAUGGUUUUACCUGUGCUUGUGUCUGAGAGAAGAUCCCACCAGUCACAAUGUUGUUGUAUCAAAAGCAGCAUUCAGUCCCAUUCACUGUCACCAGAGCCUCCACCAGACUUAACACUUAACAGUAAAGAGAUCUGAUUAAUGAUCUCGUCAGCCCAACUCGCUGACUCAUCCUUGGCAUUUCCAUUGUUUUUAUCAUGCACACCCCUGUGGAUGGAGGUAGAGCUUCACCUCGAGUAACCACCCAUUAAAUGAAAAAAAGAAAAGAGAGAGAAGGCAUUCAUAGAGGAAGUAGCUUCAGCCACACUCAGAUAAUCCACAUGUGCAGUCUCGCUCGCUGCUGUUGCGGCUGCAGAUACUCAUACCCAGAGAUGCUGCUUCUCUAAGAAGACCGGCAACAGUGCAGGAGGAAAGCGUGCAGGGGGGGUCAACUGGAAAGUGCUUUGAUGUGACAGGAACAGGAAGUGAUGAGCAGCUACCUGGUAAAACAUGAGACUUGUCUGUUCCUCUCUCAGCUCACUGCCUGAGAACCAUCUCAGCUUUUCCAAAUAUAGGGUUUCAACAUGUAUUUGACCUAAACGUGGGGGGAAAAACAAUUAUCAUCAGUCCUGUUCUGGCUGGCAUCUCUGUGACUGUUUGGAGGCAAAAUGACACAAAAUGGGGCCGUUGCUGGUACUGGUCCCCCAAAGAAGAAGGUAGAAGAACUCAAAAUUGUGAUUGUUGGUGAUGGAGGAUGCGGGAAAACAUCUCUCUUGAUGGUGUAUGCGAAAGGAGAUUUUCCAGAGAAAUAUGCACCAUCAGUGUUUGAAAAAUACUCCACCACAAUCUCUCUCGGAGGAAAAGAGAUACUUCUCAAGCUGUACGACACAGCUGGACAGGAGGACUACGACAGACUCCGGCCACUCUCUUACCAAGAGGCCAAUCUGGUCAUCGUCUGCUUUGAUGUGACCAACCCCACCAGCUUUGAGAACGUCAUGAUAAAGUGGUACCCAGAGGUGAAGCAUUUCUGUCAGGACAUACCGGUCAUCCUGAUUGGCUGCAAGACUGACCUCAGGAAGGACAGGGAGUGUACGAGGAAACUGAAGGCCUUGAAUCUGAGUCCCAUUACGUACGCACAGGCCGAGGAGACCCGGCAGCACAUGAAAGCAGAGCUCUACCUCGAGUGUUCGGCGAAGUAUCAGGAGAACGUAGAAGACAUUUUCAGAGAGGCCACCAAGAUGGCCCUGGCCUUCUGUCGGAAACAGAAGAUGUGUAAGAGGAAGAGGAAUUGUGUAGUUCUCUGAGGUCAAAGAUGAGCACCUAAGGCCGUCUAAUUUUGUGUUAAGAGAGUUUGGAUGUUCAGGUAAUGUCCCAGGAUGUUUGGGCCUCACUGAAUCAUGACAGUGUUUUCCUUUUGCUGUCAAAUGAAAGGAGGACUAAUGAUGCAACAGGAAAAUCGGUUUUGCAAGACAUUGCAGAAUGGAGAUAUAGUGUUAUACACAACUUGAAACUCCUUGGGUGAAUGUGUUAACUUUUCUAUGGGAAAAUGUUUUCUAAAUCUUGUUUUAAUUUUUUUUUAAAAAGAUUAAACAUUGCACUAUUUGCAAACCGAUAUGUAUUUAUUAGAGGAGCCGAACAGUUCCCUCGUGUUAUGUCAACAUGGGUUUUCCUGUGGCUUUUACAGCCGGCGUUUAAAUGUCUGAUAAUAUGGUUUAAAAUCUGCUGGCAGAAAGCAAAUACACCGAGAUUCAAUAACAACGGCACUGUAGCUUGUUCAGGCUUGAGAAGAAGUAACAACGUGUUAACACCCUACAAGGUUAGAUCAUUUACAGUAAAACAAAUGAUAAAACUGUUUUGUCAACUGAAGCAGAGGGCUCUUAUCUUUACCAACAGUGCCCACUAGUGUUGUAAAAACCUGAAUGCAUCACUGUCAAAUAAAUUCAACGACCUCCGUGUCUCGGUGCACAAAAUACACAGAAAAAAAAUAUUUGAAUUGCAUGUUCAUUUUUUUUUUUAAUACUUUUUACAACAAUGUACAGAGAAUUUGUCAACCGUCUCUCAGGCACCAAUUACAAACUUGAAGAUGAAAGAUGUUUUAUGGCUACAUGAUCAACGAGAGAGGGGUGGGGGUCUUAAAUGUGUUAUGUGCAUUCUGGCAGCGCUCACAUCAAAUGUUACAUCUGUGGUUUGUGACUCGUGCUUCAAUAAAUGUGAUACGUGAA